AUGAUGAUGAUGAUGAUGAUGAUGGGGUUUGGUCGAACCGGACAGACGCUGUUCAAAUUGUGACCCUUCUCCCUCUUUCGUUCGUUCGUCAUCGAUUCGUGUCCCCCCCAACCCUUUUUCUUCCUAGAAAGGGGAGAGGAAAAUCAUCCCUGGAAAAACACACGUUCUUCCUCCAUCUGUCCUCCUCCGCCGCCGCCGCCGCCGCCGCCCGGCGCGUGUUGGCAGCAACCCAGCUCAAUCCAUGACUGACCCACCCUCCGAAAUCCACUCCCACCCCGAACAAUUACCCUUCUUGGUCUCUUGUUCUUGUUCUUGUUCUCCUUCUGCUUUUGCAGUUUGAUGAGCGGUCAUAUGUGCAGGACCAAAAUGGCGGUGGAAGCGACCGAGCCCACAAGAAGACCGCCCCACUCCUCCUCCUCCCCGAGACUCUCCCCCUCCCAGACCCCCUCCAGAUUGGCCCCCUCUGAUCCCUCCGCCUCCGCCUCUUCCAGCGGCGGCUACUACACCUCCACCUCCUUACCCAAGCUCUCCUCCGGCACCGGCACCGGCGGCACCGGCACCUCCUCCCACUCCAGCGCCACCCCCCUCUCCAGCUUCCGCCGCACCCUCCCGGACAACCCCGUCAUCUACGCCUUCUCCGAGCUCCGCUCCGCCACCAACAACUUCCUCGCCAAGACCCGCCACUCCUCCUCGUCCUCCUCCUCCUGGCGCUGCUCCCUCCGCGGCAAGGACGUCGUCGUCUUCCAGCGCAAGUUCAGGCGCAAGAUCGACAUGGGCCGCCUCAAGGACCUCCUCGGGAUGAUCUGCCGGAUCCACCUGGUCAGCAUCGCGAAGCUGCUCGGCGCCUCCGUCUCCGGCGACAACAUCUACCUGGUCUACGAGUUCGUCGACGGCGCCAGCCUCUCCGAUUGCCUGCGGAACCCUAAGAUGCCCAAUUUCACGGUCCUCGGGACCUGGAUGUCGAGGAUGCAGAUCGCCGCCGACGUCGCGCACGGCCUCGAUUACAUCCACAACAACACCGGCCUCAACAUGAUCCUCGUCCACAACCACAUCAAGAGCAGCAGCAUCGUGGUGACGGAGCCCUCGUUCAGAGCCAAGAUCUGCCACUUCGGGACCGCCCAGCUGUGCGGCGAGGCGGACGAGAACGACGUGCUCCGGGAGCGGGCGGAGAAGGGCGGCGGCGGCGGCGGCGAGAUCAGGGAGGAGGAGGGGGCCGGCGAGGGGCCGUCGGGUCCGCGGCUGAUGAAGCGCUCGGACAGCCGGAGAAUGCAGUUCGAGGGAGUCCGAGGUUACAUGUCGCCGGAGUUCCGGGUCACCGGCGUCGCGACCCAGAAGUCCGACGUCUACGCCUUCGGGGUUGUGCUCUUGGAGUUGCUAUCAGGUGAAGAGCCGUUCAAGUAUAAAUACAAUAAGGAGAGCAGGGAGUUCUUGAGGACUUCGAUCAUCGAGACGGCGAGGGCGGCGGUCGACGGCGGGGACAACGGGGGAGGAGGAGUGGAGGGGAGGCUGAGGAAGUGGGUGGACAGGCGGCUGGGCGACUCGUUCCCGGUGGAGGCGGCGGAGAAGCUGGUCCGGCUGGGGCUGCAGUGCGUCGAGCCGGACCCGGACAAGCGACCCGACAUGAGCCGGGUCGAGGGGAAGGUGUCCAAACUGUACAUGCAGUCCAAGAGCUGGUCGGACAGCAUCAAAGUGCCCACUAACAUAUCGGUUUCAUUAGGACCCAGAUGAGAGGUUGGUGACGAAAUUCCUUAUGCCCGCCAUGGGGAUUGGUUGGUUAUUCCUAAAUUUUUAAAAUUGAAUCGAGAAUUUCUUAUCCGGUGCUUGAUUCUUGAAGCCCAAAUUCAAUUAGUAGACGUGUAGAUUUUUUCAUUUUUUUUAUUAAUUCUUCUUUUGGAUGGUUUUGUGGAAUUUUGGAAUUGAGGGCAACAGCAUGAUGUGACAUGACUGGAUUUGGGUUUCACAUGAGUCUACUUUUUUCGAACAGGAUUAAGGUUUUAAUUAAUGGACGGAAUGGACAGGAGUUUUGGUUCGGAUGGGAA